GAUCAUCCAACCCUAACCACCGUACGCCGUUUCCGCCGCCUUCGUUUGGUCUUCAUUCUCCGAAACUGUUCACCGAAGUUUGUUUGAGUAUCUCUGUAACAACAAGGUGGACUUUCCUGGAGAAAAACAAAAAGGAAAAAAAAAAAAAAAAAAAAAAACUCACAUUGUGAGUGGUUUUAUCACUGUGAUAGCUGAGAGAGGGUUUUGGGGACUCUGCUCUGAAUCAAACAUGGCCAUGUCCAUCAUCAACAUCAUCACCACAAAACGCAUCUUCAAUAUACCCCUUCUUCAUUCCACCUUCUCUCUACUCUCCUCCUCCUUCUCCACCACCACCCCAACAUCCUCAUCCCCAUCAAAAACCCCUCUAGAAAAACAAUUCGAAUCAUGGAUCAACCACCUCAAACCUGGUUUCACCCCUGCCGAUGUUAAUAAUGCUUUAGCCUCCCAAUCCGAUCCCGAUCUCGCUCUUGACAUUUUCCGUUGGACAUCCCAACAACGUUCCUACAAACACACUUCCUUAACCUACUUAACCAUCAUCAACCACCUCAUCACUUCUCGCCAUUACCAACAAGCCGAAACCCUAGUAGAAGAAGUAAUUGCGGGCGCGUGUGAUCCCACGCUCCCUCUUUAUAACACCAUCAUCCGUUUUUGUUGUAGCCGCAAGUUCCUCUUUAACCGUGCAUUUGAUGUUUAUAACAAAAUGUUAAACUCACAAGAUUGUAAACCUAAUCUUGAAACGUAUACUUUAUUGUUCAACUCACUUUUACGCAGGUUUAAUAAAUUGAAUGUUUGUUAUGUUUAUUUACAUUCGGUUCGGUCCUUGACUAAGCAAAUGAAGGCUAAUGGUGUGAUACCUGAUAUUUUUGUUUUGAAUAUGAUUAUUAAAGCUUAUUCUAAGUGUUUAGAGCUUGAUGAGGCGAUUAGGGUUUUUCGGGAAAUGGGGUUGUAUGCUUGUGAGCCUAAUGGUUAUAGUUAUAGUUAUAUUGCUAAGGGUUUGUGUGAGAAAGGGAGGGUGGAACAAGGUUUUGGGUUUUAUAAGGAAAUGAGGGUUAAGUGUUUGGUUCCUAGUACUAGUGCUUAUGUGAUUAUUGUUUGCAGUCUUGCGUUGGAACGGAGGUUUGAGGAUGCUAUUGAGGUUAUGUUUGAUAUGUUGAGUAAUUCUAGGUCACCGGAUCAUCUUACUUAUAAGACUGUUUUGGAAGGACUGUGUCGUGAAGGAAGGGUUGAUGAUGCUUUUGAAUUGCUUGAUGAAUGUAAGAAGAGGGAUUUUUAUAUGAAUGAGAAGAUGUACAAGACUUUGUUCAAUGAUUUGCAGUUUGUGUGCACGGACUAGAAGAUUUUGUACUAAUUAUCGUAUCGUAUUCUUGUUUCGACAAUGUGCUUGCUGCGUUCCUUUUUGUCUGAGUUGGAUUUGAACCAUCAAUUGUUUGGUACUGGUAGAGUCUGAUUUGGAGACUUCGGAUGGAUUCUGUGAAACAUUUGAUCAGAAACAUGUUGUUGCUUGGAGAGUUUUUCGCAGCUUUGAAGUAAUUUCCAUUGAACAGAUUAAUAUGGAAGGAGAGGGCAGUAGCAGCAGGGCAAUUGAAUAUAUGUUGACUCUAAUGCUGAUGUUGCUGAUAGGAUGACACAAGCUCCUUUUUUGGCUGAAAAUUGAAAGGGGCUACUAACACAAGCAUGAUUAUUCCACAGUUGGAGCAAAAACUGUAGCAAUGAAGAGGCGGAAAAAGUUCGUCAGGGAGUUGCCUGAUUGUGUUUUGUCCUAUAUCUUCUCCAAGUUAACUUUGAAGGAUUUGGUGAAAACCAGCACAUUGUCCAAACAUUGGCAUCACGAAUGGAGAUUAUUAAAGACCGACCUCAAUUUUGAUCUUGAUAAUGUGUUUCACUGUAAUACAAUUCAAGAGUUACGUGAAAUCUAUCUAGUCAUCCGAGAUAUAUUUGUCACAAGGUUGUAUAAAUUCAUGCAACAUUAUCAAGGUGCCGCGAUCCAUUCAAUCCGAGUAAAUUUUCCAUUAGAUGAUGAACAUAGUGAUGCCAUUGGUAGACUGAUUUCCAUAGGAAUUGCUAAGGGUGCCAAACAUAUUGAAAUGCUAUUAUCAAAUGAAACUAUUGAUGGUGAUAUUUAUAUUGAAAUGGAUCCAUACUAAUUUCCUUUUGCCCUCUUACCUGACACUGAUUCUCUGACAUAUCUGCACCUUCAAAACUGCCUCAUUGUAGCACCUAUGGAAUUUUCUGGAUUGAAGAAUUUGAGUACUCUUGUGUUGGAUGCAGUUUUUGUGAAGCAGAAUCUACUUCAGGGUCUGUUUUCAAAUUGUAUCCAUCUUGUAGACUUCACUCUCGAUAAAUGUGCCUUCGGUUCCGACUUGCAAAUAAUCAGUUCGACAUUGUUUCAUUUGAAAAUAAUUGAUUGUGCCUAUAACUACAACUGUUUCUCUCCUUGUAAGAUAUAUAUUGAUGCAUCGGAUCUCUCAUCCUUUGAAUACAGUGGUCAAAGGACGAGGCUAUUAUUUUUUGAAGUGCCAAGCUUAUUGAAAGUCUUUUACAAUGCAGCUGUAAGAAGGAAUCAUGGACAUUACUUCGGUCCAAUUCGAAGAUUACAUCAAGUUGACAAUCUAGUUAUGAUCACAAGUCAUUCACAG